ACAAACCACACCCCAUUAUUCUCUCUCUUUGUCUCUGUCUCUUUCUCUCUCCUCCCUCCUUCCUCGUUCAUGAAACCUUUCCAUAAAUUGCAUGCAAACUCUCUCUCUCCCUCUUCCCUCUCCCCUCUUCCCUCUCUCUCUCUCUCUCUCUGCAGACCGAGACGCCCCACCCCCAUGUUUCCUCCUCCCUCAUCAGUCUUUUGCAGUCUCCUCCUCCUCCUCCUCCUCCCUCCAUGUCUCUCUCUUUCUCUCUCUAAUCCUCUCCGCUUCUGAAGAGCGAUAUCUUCUCCGUUUCUCUCUCUCAGAUAUAGUCUUCUUUGUCGGAAAAUAUAUCGCCUCUUAUCUCUUUGCCGCUCCCUCCACCUUUAAGUAAUCGCUCCCCGGAAUCUCUUGGCUUGCUUCCCAUCAAAAACCCACAACCCCAAAACCCCCAUUAAACCCUUCCCCUUCUCGCCUUCUUGUCGGAGCGAAGCACCCCCAGCUCACCGUACAAUAUGAACGGAGGCGGAGAUGGAGAGGGGCCCUCUGGCUCCGGCUACUGGUUGCGGAAGCCCCGGACGGUCAAGUCAAACCCUAGCUCCCCACGAAGGUCUUUUCUUGACGGACCCUACGCUGAUCAAACCCUAGGCCCGGCCACCCUAGAGUCCGCCGCUCGCCCCGUGUACCGCCCCCGCGAGCCGAUGGACUAUCUUUUGGGCGACGAGCUCGCAGGGGUUCUCCAACCGUUUUCCUUGAUUGACGAUACUGCUCGUCGGCUGGAGAUGCUGAGCUUCGGCAAUGGCGCUGCCGAUGGUGACAGCACCCUUGGGCUUGAUUAUGGGCCUUACAGGUCCAUGCCGGGGUCUCCUGUUUACGCUAAUCCUGUCUGUUCUCCAAGAUUUCAGUCCGCAGUGCUUAACCAUUAUGCCGAGUAUCACCGGAAUGGAGCCGGUCUGUUUUGCGAUUCCUCGGGCCAAAUAGAUUGGACUGUUGGUGCAAACACGAAUUGCUUUUGGCCUAAUAGGCACAACAGAACAUAUUCACCGCUGACAUACGUUUGCCCGGGUUUAAGGAGCCUGCAGGGGAGAAUAGCUGAGGUAGCCUGUGACCAGGAUAGGUGUAAGGCUUUGCAGUGGAAGAUCGAGCAGGGCUUAGAUGAGGAGGAAAUCCAGAUUCUAUUUCGGGAGAUCAUAGAAGAUUUUGUUGUCUUGACGACUCAUAAGUGCGGGAACUAUGUCGUCCAGCAGUUCAUUGAGCUCUGCAGUGAGCAGCAGAGGAAUCUGAUCACUUUGAUGCUGACUGCUGGAGAAGCUCCACUGAUUUUCUACAUUUGUUGUGAUCAAUAUGGAACUCGGGUCAUUCAGAAAUUGUUGGACAACGCUACAACUCCGCAUAUAAAAACUGUUUUAUUAUCGACUAUUGCUCAGAAAGUGGCUGAGCUAGUUAAGAACCCGAAUGGUCGUCAUGUGAUCACGCAUUGCUUGGAAAAGUUCUCUAAUGAAGAUAAUGAGUUCCUUUACAGAGAAGUGGCGGAAAACUGUGACUGUAUUUCAACUGAUAGAAGUGGGUGCUGCGUGAUACAGAAGUGUGUCGACUACACUCGGGGAGAGCAGAGAAAAAUGCUGGUUGAUGCAAUAAUUGCUCAGGCCCUUUACCUUUCCAUGAACGAAUACGGAAACUAUGUGGUGCAGCACAUAUUGAAGCUUAAAGUGCCAGGAUUCACUACCGCUCUCAUCAAGCAAUUAGAGGGGAAUUUUGUGUUUCUUUCCUGUGAUAAGUAUGCAAGUAACGUGGUGGAGUGCUGCUUUAGAGAAUCAGGAAUAGAGCACUUUAUUGUGAUUCUGGAUGAGUUGCUGAGAGAUCCUAUCCCCAUGGCAGUGUUUCUGGAUCCAUUCGGGAAUUAUGUCUUCACAUCAGCUGUGGAAGUUUCCAGGAGUAAGGGGUUCGACGCUAUCUUCCACAUGCUCCAGGGUAUUAUUCAGAGAAAUGCCAAGUUAAUUAAUGGUCACUUCCAUGGGAAGAAAGCGGCCACUCGGCUCGGGAAGGCUAAGCUACUGCUCCCCGACACAGCUGCAGCUCUCAAGAGGUUCUAGUUGAGGUCCCUGUCUCAACCUCGAUGUGUUGUGCAGAUAUUGUCCUUUACUUCCCUGUAUGAGACACUGAUUUUGUGCUUUUGAGCACCGCUCUGUGCUAUAUAUAGUGUAACAGCAGUUUUUGGCAUUGAUUCUUGGACUAGGACUAGUAGGAAUUGGAGUUAACACCCCCUUUAGGAUUUUAGAGACAUCCGAGGUUGGUUGGUGAAGCUGUCACAGUGAGUAUAGAGAAACUGUACACGUCCUGCUGUUGAUUUUGCGGUGACUUUAUUAUAUGUAGGCCCUUUUGUUUCAAGUUGUAAUUCUAAUAUCGCCUCCUAGAUGUGCAGUCA